AAGCACAAGCUCGUACCCUUCCGUCGCCAGCUUUGCUUCGCCUCGCUUGCUCGCCGCCUCCAUUUUUUUUUUCCGAUGGUCCGCGCGUACACGCAGGAGCACGUGUACCGGCACCCGUGGGAUCGGGUAACCGCGGCGGCGUGGCGCAAGUUCACCGACCCGGAUACCCCGGCCGUGCUGUCCCACAUCGUCGACGUCCAAACCCUCUCCCGCCGCCUCGAACCCGCCGCCGGCCGCCUCCAUAUCACCCGCUCCAUCACCGUCCGCUCCCCGCCCCUCCCCUUCCUCCUCCGUCGCGCCCUCAGCGGCCAGGACGCCGUCAUCUGCCACUGCGUUGAGUCCUCCGUCGUGGACGCGCGCGCCCGCUCCAUGGACAUCGUCGCCCGCAACGCCACCCUCCGCGGCCUCAUCGAGGUAGAGGAGCGCUCCUCCUACCGCCCGCACCCGGACCGCCCCGACGGAUGGACGCUCUUCCGCCAGGAGACCAGCGUCCGCUGCCGCCCGCUCGCCGCCCUCGCCGCCAUCGCCGAGAAGGUCGAGCAGCGCUGCGCCGAGCGAUUCCAGCAGAACAGCGCCAAGGGGAGGGAGGUCGUCGAGCGGAUCUGCAAAUACCUCGAGGCCGAGUCGUCGGCCGCCGCUUCUUGCUGAUGCCGACCUUUACCUGAUUGCGAUCCCCGAGAUGUUAUUCAUUCCCAAGCCAUGCCCUUGAUUACUUCCAUCCAUAUGGCAGAUGUUCUGUCUUUUCAUGCUAAAAGGUCUCGGGGCACCACUUUAUCCAGAGGUACACCACUACAUCUCUCUGCAAGCUGCAUUCCUGAAGCCUCCAACUCUUCAGGGCAUGCUCUUUCAAUGUUCUUAUUUGCUGGAAAUAUCUUCUCAAGAAAAAGCUCCCAACUUCAUCAUUUAGAAAUUGUAUUUUGUAUGGCUGAGAGAGGGUGGUGGUGGUGAGAUAGGAUUGUAGGGUCAUUGGAUUUCGUAACAUCUGUAGAACGUGGAGUAAAGAACACUACUUCCAUUCAUUACAUCUGGAAACACUGCUUUUAUUUGCUCCCAUUCUUCAGUCCUCCAGAUGUUGUUCAUGACUAUUAUCUUCUUGUUCUCAAGAACUUAUAUAGCUUCUCUUUAAAUCUUCCUUUUCCAUCCUUUCCAGAUUAUCUUUGCAAAACCCAUGACUUUGCCCAUAAUCUUCUUCAGAAUUUGAGUCACUCUAGAUACAGAUAUGCGAGAACAGGUAUCAAAAUGUCUUUUGAUAUAUUCUUUGUUAUAAACCUUCUUGGCAAAGGCCACCAUUCCAACUAUGGAAACUACAAAAUGCCAUUUUUGUGUUGGAUCAAGUAAUUAAAAAAAUAAUUUCUUAUUUAGGUUAAAGCCUGAACAAUUGUGUCAUCAUCUAGAUUAGGAGAUACCUCCUUCCUUGCAAACUCUAAUCAGCAAAAGUACUUGCUUCAGAUCCACCUUUAUCAAUGUAUUAGUAAGACUGUAUUUCUAUUUUCAGAGAUCUCAUGAUUCUUGAUCUUCAACUCUUCAAUUUCCAUGCCAACCAUAUGGCAUGAGAUUAGUUCAUGAAUGAUUAGAGCAUACCUUACAAUAUGGUCUACGGAGCCUCUUUUUUGCCGUCGCAUUGCAAUCUUGAGCAUGAACGAAGACAAUGAUGAUGUCCUCUGCUUGAUACGCAACAUCACCCUUCCUCUGUUUGGAGUCUGCGUCGUUUAAGAAGUAUUCCACUCGCCCUAGCUCUCUCUCUUGCGACUUGACUGCAAACUGCAUGCUAGAAAAUGGUUUCUUGACAUAGAAUUCUGCUAGUUUGAGUACUACCAAAACAGCCUGCUGGGUCAUAUCUUCUUCCUUGUCCUGCCUUGAGAUGAUUUUUUCGGUUUUUCUUAUAAGAUUAUCCAGAAGCUAUACAAAGAAGAAAUUUUGCUAAUUAUUAUGCAUAUCAUAUGUCUAAACAAAUUUGUUCAGCCUCAAGAUAAUAUUGACUCGUAAACUAGGAUGCCUGACCUCACUUUUGCAUAGUCAAAUACCCCACUUUAAUUUGUUGAACUACUGAUUAUUAUUUAUAAUCUAUCAAAUCAAUCAUUAUUGAUUUUCUUCUUAAUGACAAUGACAAUUGUGGUGGUUUAAGUUUUUAACACAACAGUAGUAAAAUUCACAGCCAGUUAUAAAAUGUUAUUAUUCAAAAACUUGUUUGAUCACAUUUAUUUAUUAUUUUUCU